AUGGUUGCUGAUUUGCUUUUACAGAGAGUAGACUUACUUCCACAGCUUGAGAAUCUUGCCUGGUCUGAUGAUGGUAGUUUAGCUGUGAAUACUGCUGGUCAAUUGAGUUUAUAUAAACCAAAAUAUGAAAAAGAUGAAGUGAAGAACGCAAAUAGCUUAUUUGAAAUACAAAGAUUUGAACUUGCAAGUCUUCCAAGAAACCAAAUUUUUCAAAAUGAAAUUGACGAUGAAGUUGGAAGUACUAAUUACUCAGCAGCUGAAGAGGCAAUUGUUAAAUUUACUUGGUCCCCAUUAACUUCUUCAAAAGUGACAUAUCUUGCAUUAUUGACAAAUACAAAAAGUAUUCACAUCUUAGCUAAUGGUGAAGCUAAACAUUCAAUCGAUAGAUCAUUAACACAGAGAGUAAGCACUCAAAAGGAAUUAGAUGAUUAUAUCACACAUAGUAUAGAAUGGUUAAUACUCGGUAAUGUAUUAGUUUUAUUAACAGGUCAAGCAAAUGGUACAAUCAAAGCAUAUUACGUGGAUGAUCAAAGUUACAAAGAAGUAGAAUCAAUAACUAUUAAUGAAGGUGUUCCAAUAGUUCAAAUAAAAGCUGAUCAGAAUAAUUUAAUAGCUGUUACAUCAACUAAUGAAAUUUAUAAAAUCUCAAAUCCAUUACAAGAAAACUCAACACCUGCACAAAUUAUUAAAGAAGCAGAUCGUUUUAAAAUCUAUGAUAUUUUAUUACAAACUAAAAAGAUUUUAUAUACUUCUCCAUCACAAUUUAACAUCAUUGAUAUUGAAUCAGGUACGAAAUCAACAACAACAACCAAUAUCCUAGAUUUUUCAAACAUAAUACCAAACGGAUCAAAUUAUUUAAUAGUAUCUCAUACAAAGUCAAUUCAAUUAGAUAAAGAUCUAAAAUUAAUACAAGAUAACAAAGUUCAAUCAUUAAGAAAAAGACGUGUCAAUAGAUAUAAUUCAAAACUUGAUAGUAUAAAUUUAAAAGAUGAUGACUUCAAAAUAUUGGGAAUUGAUUAUAAUCAUAGUGGGAAAGUUUUGGCAAUUUUAUAUUCUAUUGAAGCAGAUCUUGGAUUUAGAUAUAAAAUCACAUCACAAACUUAUUUCAAAAUUGCUUUCAUUACUUUGGAUAAUGACUUCAAAAUUCAAGCAUCCCCUUUAGCUACCUAUCAACAAUUUAUAAUAUCUGGGGUUUUACCAGAUUCUGAAAUUGAUAGUGGUGUUACUGAAACUAACUUGGACGUUUCAUUAGCUGAAUAUUUGAAAACUAAUAUCUUGAAUGAUCGUUUAAUAUCUGGAUUAAUAUCGAGAAAUAUUGUUUCAAGAGAUCAAGAUUUGGAUAUCGCAAAAAGAUACGCUGAUUUGUUGGUUAGAUAUAUCAAUCAUUCUGGAUUAGAGUUUGAUAAUGUUUUGGACAAGAUUACUUAUAAAUCGUUAUUGUUAUUAUCUACAGGAGGAUACAAUGGUGCAACUAUCGGUAAAAUUGAAAUUAAAACUGAUGUAUUUGAAGAAACUUUUAAUUUUGAUGAAAUUAAUGAUUUGGAACCUGCAAAAUCUGAAACUGGUCAUGAAUGGAAUAGAUGUGCUUUAACUUUUAUACCUAUUUUAUCAACAGAUGUUAAAAUUGAUCCAGUAACACAGAAAAGAAUCAUUGAUAUUGAAAAUGAUAAAUUAAAUGAUUAUGGAUUUCUCACAAGAACCAUAUUGGAAACUUUGAAUGAAAUAAGUAUAUAUAGUGGAUGCAGAUAUGAAUAA